AUGCCUGCACCCGCGUCGCCACUCCCUACGCGUUCUCCAGGCAUGGCUCCUGAAAAGUCCGCAGCCAGGCGGAAGGAGGACGACGACGAAGCACGCCCAUACGUUAUCGUAAGCGACAUAGGCAAAGGAAGCUUUGCCACAGUAUAUAAAGGAUACCAUGAGGACACACACCACCAGGUCGCAAUCAAGGCCGUUCGCAGGGAAAUCCUCACGGCCAAGUUACUCGACAAUUUGCAAAGCGAGAUCGAAAUUCUCAAGUCUCUGUCGCACCGACAUAUCACAAAACUUAUUGAUAUUGUUCGUGCGGAACGCAACAUAUAUCUCAUUAUGGAAUAUUGUGCUGGCGGAGAUCUCACUAACUACAUCAAGAAGCGUGGGCGCGUCGAAGGUCUAGAGUAUGCUCCGUUUUCGGGGGCUGCUCUCCAGUACUAUCCUCACCCGAAGUCGGGUGGUCUGAAUAUUGUAGUUGUUCGUGGCUUUUUGCGUCAGCUCGCGCGAGCACUCAAAUUUCUGAGAACCCGGAACCUUAUGCACAGAGACAUCAAGCCUCAGAAUCUACUCCUCAAUCCCGCCUCACCGGAAGAACUCGCCAAGGGUCAUCCCAUUGGUGUUCCAAUACUUAAGAUCGCGGAUUUUGGUUUUGCACGAUCCUUGCCAAACGCGAAGUUGGCGGAAACACUUUGCGGCUCGCCAUUGUACAUGGCACCCGAAAUCCUGAGGUAUGAGAAGUAUGACGCGAAGGCCGAUCUGUGGAGUGUCGGUGCUGUGUUGUAUGAAAUGUGCACUGGGAAGGCCCCGUUCCGCGCGCAAAACCACGUCGAGCUGCUCAGAAGAAUCGAAAGCUCCAAAGGUGUUAAGUUCCCCGAUGAAGAACUCCAAUCCGCGACAGGUUCCACCAAAGCAGACGAAGUAUAUGUUGUACCCCAAGACAUCAAGGACCUUGUCCGCGCUCUAUUGAAGCGUCAACCAACUGAACGUGCAAGUUUCGAGGAGUUCUUCAAGAGUGAAGCCCUCGCAAAAUCCAAAUUUCCACGACCAGCGCCAGAUGCGACCUCCCGCACUUCGACUCUGACUACAGCCCAGAGUUCACAGCCAGAUGACGAUGCAGACGAUGUUCCCAUUGGACAUAUUCCAGACCAUCAUCGCGUGAUACCUCCAGAGGUACUUGAUCCGAAAGCAAUGAUUCCGCCUAGCAAAUUCCACUUCAGAAGACGAGAGACGAAUCCAGAAGAAAAUACUUCUCCUAUCCUUACGAACGCACCUAUUGAGCCAGCUCAAGAACCCACUAAACCGGGCGCUGAUGUGCCCGUUCCUGUUGCUAUGAAAGGCCGAUUAGGACCAAUGCCGUUGUCAACUGAAGGUUCCGUCAUUCCGGGAGAGUCUGAAGAAGAUGGACUUAUACGAAAAGAAUAUGUACUUGUCGGGGAUGUUCGUGCACUGGAGUUCAACCAAGCGGUUGAUGAGCUCAGUUCAGUUCGGCGGCGGCGGGAAAUGGAGCGCAACCUGGUCUCCGAUCUUCCGGACGAUAUAUAUCCCCCCUACCGCCCAUCUUCAUCGCCUCAUUCUGGUUCGCCACGUUCUGCCACGAGCCACAACACGACGUUUCCACCUCCACCGAACCCUCACGCACCUCCCCUCUCCUCGUCACCUUCACGUAUGGCUUCGAAUGCUCUCAGUCGAGCGCUGAGUCUCGCGUCGCGAAAGUUGUUUGGUGUCUCGACGCCUAAGUCGCCCGUUUCCCCCGGCGCUGGUCAUUACCAGACAUCCCCACGACGGCCGCAGAUCCUUAUACGAUCGCCUACGGGUGAAGGGCUAAAACAGAAAGAUGGCAUGGCUGUCGAACGUGAUCCGAUGGAAAAUCAGUUAUUGGACUCGUUGGAAGAGCUUGCGCAGAAAGCGGACGUGUUAAUGCAUUGGGCGGACGAGAUGUAUGAAUGUGUCAAAGCAGUACCGCAGAAACCUCUUCCCGACCCAACUAAGUUUAUGCGUCGAGAAGGAGAGGCAGAGAAACAUGCUCAGCGGAGGCGGCACGCAGACCAGGAAGCAAAUGUUAACGCCGUGACAUGUGUCGCAGUAUACAUACUUUUGAUGUCCUUUUGCCAGAAGGGCAUCGACAAGCUUCGGAACUACCAAGAACAUUUGAGGAUGCGACAACCUGAUUGCGAACUCACGGUCAGCGAGGGUUUUAACGACGCCCUUUUUUGGUUUAAGGAUCAGUUUAUCAAAUGUAACGAUCGUACUGGGCUUGUGAAGACCUGGUUACCUGUCCAAUACGAUGGUCCCGAGACCUGUCUGGAACAACUGGUCUACGAUCGUGCCUUGUCCCUUAGUCGAACGGCUGCACGAAAGGAAUUAUUAGAUCCAGCGGAGAGUCCCACAGAAUGCGAGAAACUCUACGAGGAGUCCCUUUGGUGUCUUUAUGUCUUGCAAGAUGACCUCCAGCAUGACAACCCGUUCUUGGAAGAGGACCGUACCAUGAUCGCCACGUGGAUAACCCGUACAAAACUCCGACUUGUUCGGUGUCGAGCGAGAAUGAACAUGACUACCAAAGACCGUAUCAAGGAUGCUCGCGCUGACCAGAACCUGCACGACGCACGGUAUCCACCACCGUGGGAUCCGCAAGCUGCUGAGCAGCUUCAAGAACAAACGCGAUCGUGA